AUGGGCGCAAUACUAUGCUGCUGGUGGGAAAGAUCUGGCGGGGAGCGUGUAUUUCGUGAGCGUGCCGGAGUGACUGGCCCGGAGACGGCACCACCGGUGCAGCCCCUCCAGGUUCAGGCUCAGAACCAACCCAGGCUCAAGCUCAAGCCCAGCCCCAGGCGCAGCAGCAAGUUCAAGAAGCUCAAUCCGCCCAGUAGUGCCCAACCGCAGGCACAAGCUGAGCCCCACCCUCAGCCGCAACGCCAAAUGAGUGCCCCCAAGCUCGAACCCGAGCCCGCCGAGGACCCCAUUCCAUACCUCCCGGACCCGUACGCGUCGUUCCCCGCCCAGGACCAAGUCCAAGCCCAAGCCCGGCCUGUGUCCUACGCCGCAGCCCAGCCGCAACCAGCGAGCGAGCUUGCGCACGCGCUGGGCAAGUACCAGGCUACAGCCUGA